GCGAGGGGUACGCAUUACUCUUGUCGAUUGCCCGUGCACCGGGGGCUCGAAAACGGACGCGCGAAAAGCACACGCCGCCGCGUAAGUGACCGCGUAAGUCGCCGCUGACAGCGAUUUCCCUCACUCACGAUACGCGCGUCACGAUACAGUGUUUUGUGUGUACGGUUGUGAGAUGACGGCGACUUGUGAAUUACGAUAAUCGGCCGGAGAGGCAAUCGGGACGGAGGAGAGUGACAGUGCGGGUGGCGGAAGGAAAGGACAUCGGUGAAGGAGAGAGAAAGAUUGAGCACUGCGGCACGAUCACGGAACCUGCGACGUACGCUGCUCUCAUUAAACGUUGACGAGGCAGAAAUGGCACGGCGGGAAUCUCGGUGAGGAAAGGACGAGGGUGAAGCCCUCGCAGGAAACGGGAGCUAUGGUGAAAAGCUUGGAUUUCCUCGCCAGAAGGGCGCCACCUGCCGUCCACCUUUUCAUCGUUUUGCUCGCGCUCGCCCCCGCUUACCAUGGCGUGGACCUCUCCCAAUGCAUCGCGCCGCUCGGCAUGGAGUCCGGGGCGAUCCCGGACGCGGAUAUCAACGCCAGUUCCAGCUUCGACACCGGAAACGUCGGUCCCCACCUGGCACGAUUGAAAUCGGAGAACCUUGGUGGCGCCUGGUGUCCUAAGGACCAAAUCACCAAGGAAGCUCGAGAAUGGCUGGAGAUCGACCUUCAUUCGAUCCACUUGAUCACGGCCACCGCUACCCAAGGCCGUUUCGGGAACGGCGUUGGUGUUGAAUUCGCAGAGGCGUAUCUCCUAGAAUACUGGAGGCCGCGACUGGGCAAAUGGGUUCGAUAUAGAGACAUCAAAGGAGAAGAGGUAAUAACGGGUAACACGAACACGUAUUUGGAGUCCAAGCACGAGCUGCAGCCGCCUCUGUGGGCGAGCAAGAUCCGUUUUCUGCCCUACAGCUAUCACAGGCGGACGGUUUGCAUGCGGGUCGAGCUCUACGGGUGUUACUGGAGCGACGGCGUAGUGUCCUACUCGAUGCCCCAGGGCGAUAAAAGGGGCAACGGAUGGGAAUUCUUCGAUGCGACCUACGACGGACACUGGGACGGCGAGUUGCGCCGUGGUCUGGGUCAGCUGACGGAUGGCAGAACAGGACCUGAUAAUUUCAAAAUGUACCACGAUAACGAUCGCGCCCAGGGCUGGGUAGGUUGGAGAAACGAUAGCCGUAACCAGCCGGUCGAGAUCAAGUUUGAGUUCGACAAAGUCAGAGAAUUUUCCGCCGUCCAUAUCUAUUGCAAUAACGAAUUCACCAGGGGCGUUCAGGUGUUUUCUCAAGUCGACACACUCUUUAGUAUUGGCGGAAAAUAUUACACAGGAGAACCUAUUACGUACACAUACAUGGAGGACAAGAUCUUUGAGACUUCCCGAAAUAUUACGAUCAAACUUCAUCAUCGAGUUGGGAAAUUCGUUAAGCUGAGACUUCACUUCUCGGAUCGAUGGAUCAUGGUCAGCGAAGUAACCUUCGAUUCCGACAUAGCGCACGGGAACUUUACGCCCGAGGAAGCACCGACGACCGAAUCGCCGAUUCAGAGCGACGUCUUCGUGGAGAAGAACGGCGCUGCCGAGGGCGAGCUUCCGGUUUCAACGGCGAAACACGACGACCCUACGUACAUGGCGGUCGUGAUCGGCGUGCUGACCGCCGUCAUACUUUCGCUCGCCGUAGCGAUAUUUCUGAUUGUCUCGCGACACAGGCAACGCAAGUGUUUCGCCAGCCCGAUGACCGGCAAAGCCCCUUCGCAUCUAGGCUCUACCUGCGCCACCGUCGAGAAAGGCGCGGCUUUGAUGGCGUAUACCCUGGAGGACGAUGAAAGAUACGCGGGUGGUUCGCUACCGACCUUGCCGCGCGACCUCGGGAAUCGUCUCCUGGAUAUCGUGAAGCUGGACGACUACCAAGAGCCGUACCAGGCGCUAAAGUACGCGCCGUAUUAUAGCUACAGCACCGUCGUUAUGGAGAUGAAAGACAUGAUGCUGAACAACAAGGGCACCAACAUCAAUCACUCAGCGGUGUACGCGAACGGUGCAGUUGACACGUCGUACGAUUAUGCGGUACCGGAACUCGGCACGGUGCCUCUGCUCAAUCAGGACGCGGGCGCCGGUCGCGGGGCGACCGUCUCCAGCGCCACCGGCGAUCAGGACAGCCUCUUCUCCAAGAGCUCGCGGGCCACGAAGACCGAGGACAAGAAGUCGCCGACUCAACAGGAGGUACUCUCAGCCCUGAAGAGACGUCUGGAGCAGACUAGCGUACCGCUCUUCCCACGGCAUCGCCUUCGUAUGCUCUCCAAGCUCGCCGAAGGGGCCUUUGGAACGGUAUACGUGGCGGAAGCUGAAGGGAUCCCGGAAUACGGAACGACGACCACCCUCGGCAAGCGACUCGUCGCCGUCAAGUUUUUACUGCCGGAAGCCAGCGAGAAGGAAAAGUUGGACUUCCAAAGAGACGUGAGGAUUCUGGCUGCUCUGGAAGAUCGCAAUAUCGCUCGAGUCCUGGGUGCUUGUUAUCGCGAGGAACCGUAUUGCGUGGUGAUGGAAUACUUGGAACACGGGGAUCUUUGUCAGUUUCUCAAGACACACAUCACUGCCGAAGACGCACAUUCCAUGCCAAUUGGCGUCAAGACACUUAGUUUCAACUGUCUCAUCUACAUGGCGGCGCAGAUCGCAUCGGGCAUGCGGUAUCUGGAGAACCUGAAUUUCGUUCAUCGGGAUUUGGCCACUAGAAAUUGUUUAGUCGGUAAGGCUUAUCAUAUCAAAAUCUCGGACUUUGGCACGGACAACGAACUGUAUGCUUGCGAUUACUACAAAGUCGAUGGAACUAUGCCCUUGCCGGUGCGAUGGAUGGCCUGGGAAUCAAUAUUUCUGGGAAAGUACACGACCAAGAGCGAUGUGUGGGCUUUCGCAGUUACUCUCUGGGAGAUUUUGAACCUCGGGAGACGCGUCCCUUACGAGCAUCUCUCCGACGAAGAAGUGGUACAGAGCCUGCGACAACUGCAUCACGCCGCCGAUUGCAACAACGUUAAUCCCGAAGAUGGCUGCAAGGAGGAUUCUAGAAAUGUCUUUGAUUAUCUACCGCGACCCACUGCCUCCUCCAAGGACAUCUACGAUCUGAUGCUCGAAUGCUGGCGGCGAGAGGAGAACGAGAGACCGACUUUCCGUGAAAUAUCGCUCUUUCUGCAGCGGAAAAAUCUUGGAUACGCUCCAACAUCCUGAUAUUGAGCCCCGAACAAGCGCGACGUUUUUAAUAAUCAUCCCGCGAAUCAGAACAAGUUCGGUUCUGAAACGGGUCGACGAACGUGCAGGCAAUGUCCUCAUUUGAAGAAUUGCAAGGAGCGAACGACGAGUGAAUGAGAACGAUUGGCGAAAAAAAAAAGGAGAAAGGUGAGAGCGUGAAAGACGACAAAUAUAUAUCACGACAUCGAAGAGAUAAGUACAACGAUGGAAUUUUAUUGCCUGUCAACGAAACGGGACUGGGAUUUGGAGUUUUAUGACAGAGAAAUUGAUCGUCCUUCGAUUUUAUUUCGAUUUACACAUUUUUUCGCGGAAUAAUAACGUGUGUAAUGAUAAACGAAAAACAUACAGUUAGAAUAGAUAGAAGAGGAGUAAACGCGAGAGACGAAGAUUCUACAUCGGAAUUCAUCAUAGACGAAUAAUUCGAACUAUCGCGUGCCGCCGUAAAUAGAAUUGAUGCUCCGUGAAAUUCUUACUAACGAAAGUGCAUAUCUUAUCGAUUUAUAGAGCACGAAGAUCGCGAGAAUGACAUCGAAUCUCGACGCAAAUUACUCGCGACAGCAAACUGUGCAACGAUCAAUGUAGCAAAAUAAGCGUAGAAUUCUUUCUCGAAUGUAAAGAAAGACGUAGAGACGGAUACGAAUCUGUGAAUACGACAAUCGGACGAGAGCAGAAUAAAAACUUGCCCGUCGUAGAUAGCCGCUCUGUGGAGAAUCUCCGAUGCCAUCGAGAGAGACGGAUGUUUGCGAGGUCGAAGAAGAUCGUCUCGCAAUUGUCGAGAACUUAGGAGCAAUACCAUGUAACUGUAAUACAGCUGUGAACAUUCCUGCACGGGUGGGUACCUAUACUAGGCGCGACAAUUACGCGAAUAGGAGGGGGAUCGUUACUUAAGAAGAAUAAUACUAGGAUUCCUUCGGGAUUAUAUCAUUUCGAUUAAGGAUUUAAUGCAAAAAAUGUGAAUCACAUCGACGUAAGGCAAUAUAGCAGCUAUUACGAUAUUAGACGCUAGAACAACUGUUCAAGUUAAUCGUAAAGCAUUAUAACUGAGUGUGUUUUAUGAACGUAUGGGUGCCUAUUUUCUCAUUUUCUAUCUCCCUCUCUCUCUCUCUCUCUCUGUCUUUCUCUAUCUGCCUCCCUCCCUCUCUCUCUCUCUGUCUCUCUCUGUUUAUCCUCCUCUUUUACUCUCUCCUUGAAAAUAUAUAUUAUAUCGCCCAGAUAUUUUGAAUCUAUUUGUGAGAUGAAUCUACAUGUGAUUUACAUCGCGAAAUUCUUUAUCGUCACAAAACAUAUCGCGAAACGACGAGUGAUUAUCGUGUAGUAUUAAUAACGUUAUCUCUCUCUCCUUCUCUCUCUUCGAUCGUGAAGAAAUUAAUCGUCUUUCUAAUAUUAUUUUUGGUUUGUAAACACAUCAUCCGUGUGAAAUAUAGCAUAUGAGAAUAUUUAAAUAACUUUAAAGACAGCCAGAGACGACUGUAAAGAUUUCUCUACAUGUUUAUUCGAACGAUAUCACUAAUUGCAUUUGCAGUUAACAAUUUGUAUGUGAGUGGGAUUCGUUAAUAUUAUAACACUAGACGAAUUAUCGUAAGUUGUAAACGCAAGUAGACGAAGAGUAAAGUUUUACCUAAUUCUGCAUUAAAAAAUGAUUAUAGACUAUGUAUCAUGUGACUAUGACACAUCAUAAUUGUAACUUUAUAUGAUAGGCGGGAUCAAUGAAAUUAGGAUAUUGUACAGAUAGGCGUACCGUAGUAAGGAACGUUAUCAUUGCAUUUUUUGGAAACGAUGGGUGAAAUUAGAAAAAUCACAGAAAAAUCUGACUGUCCUUCUCUGAGAGCGUUAUACACUCGCUUACAAUUUGAUAUUAUUAUUAUCAAAAACAUAAACAUAAAAAGAAAUUGUUUAGCUUCCGACAAAAUGUUCGUAGUGAGAUAAUAAAUUGACGAGUUCGAGCUAUCGGAAUGUUUUUUUUUUUAAUAAAAUAAACAAAAACACGAAGAAAAUAGAAAGUAGCCAUAAUUAGCGAUUUGAAUUUUCAAGUUAACAGCGAACUCGCCAUACCAUUAUCUCCAUCGUACAUCAUAAACUCGAUUUCGAUAAUUUGUCUUAAUCGACUUUUGAGUUUCGCGUAUUUACAUACCGGAUGAAUACUAUAAUAACUUAUGCGACAUUUAGCGAAUAGGCGCGAUGUUACCGUUAUAUCAUUAAAAAAUACUAUUUAUAUAAAUUAAAAUGUACUACUGCAUAAGGAGUAGAUGAUACGGAGGCAUAGCCAUAUGUAGUUAAAAUACACGAGUUGAAUUUAAACGUAACUGGAAUUGCUUCUAUAUCACCGAGAUCGAGAUAUCUUAAGACGAGUAAAAGAAAAUCAAUGCGAAAUCACGUAUGGAUUACGAGGUAAUAGAAAUAGGCAAUUGUCAGAGGUAAAUAGUAAUAGCCGAUCGAUUAUGCAUUAAGUGUAACAUUCUAAGUGCGUAAUUUAAAUUUUGUAUAAAAGUGCCGGAUCAACAGACGUAUAAUUUCGUGCCAUCGCGAAACUUUGGCCAAUCGAUUUUUCGCACCGCGCGAUUGUGACUGAGUUGAAACAAUAAUACCUAUUGUCGAUACAGUUUUAGUCCGAAGCAAACUGCCAUUACUUUUAGAAUGAUAAUAGAGAAUGAAUUGUAGUUGCGUUUAGAUUCGCCAAUAUAAGCAUAACGCUGCCUUUGGCUAUAUUGUUGCCCCUUACUGCUAACGAGUAACUUACUUGUCUACUCAUGUGAUAAUUUAGUAUAUUCCUACGUACCUAUCUCUCUGUACCUACCAAUUCGAAAAUCUUGCUAGCGAAAGGAUUAUUCGAAUAUAUCUUAUUUUUAU